UUUCCGGAGUUGCUCGGCACUGCUCGUCAUCGACCUCUUUCACUGCGGCUCCAUCGCCGAGCGGACUGGCCCGCUGCUCUCAUCCGAAACCUCAGUGCAGACUGUCGGAUCUAUUAAACCACCAACGCCGGCUCCCUGAAAGCCUCCAGCUCCUGUCGAAAUGCAGGCUAUCAAAUGUGUGGUGGUGGGCGACGGGGCUGUGGGUAAGACCUGUCUGCUGAUUAGCUACACCACCAAUGCCUUCCCUGGUGAAUACAUCCCCACUGUCUUUGACAACUACUCUGCCAAUGUGAUGGUGGAUGGGAAACCAGUGAAUCUGGGCCUUUGGGAUACAGCAGGACAGGAGGACUACGAUAGGCUCAGACCACUGUCUUACCCACAGACGGUAUCCAAACACACACACACACAGUUUACAAACUUUGACCGACAAAUCCUACCCUUUAUGGAGAUUUAUACAUCACUCAAUACUAAUGAACUUACUUGCUAAUAUAUGUCCUGUAUAGAUGAAUGAGUAAAAGGCAUCAAUGCAAUAUGGUGGACAGAUAGGAGUUACAUUAUGCAUGUGGACGAGUGUUAUCAGGCCCCUAAUUCAAAUAAUCGAAUGUUAAAGAAACUUGGAAACAUGUUGUUUAUCUAUACACAAUAUACCUGAAACUACAACACAGUAUUCCUCCACCGUGCUACCAAAGAGGGCUGGUGAGCUUGUACUGUAUAAUCAGAUAUCUCCCAUGAAUUCUAAGUCACAUGAAUACUACUUUCUCUGAAGCACAAACAUGUCUCCUUGUGUAUCUAAAUGAAACAAAGUCAUACCUACAAUAUUUAGUGAUACAACAACAUAAAGUGAGUUAUGCUAAACAAUAAUGUGAAUAAUCUUCCAUGUAGUUACAGCCAGAAGAGUCUUAAUAACAUGAAGAUGUCUGGUAUUAGUAUGAGAUAACUCUCCGUGAGAACAACAGAGAAACAAAUAAGUGUUAUUUGACUUAAAACUUCAUGAUGAAGAGGGAGCUGACACACACACACACACACACACACACACACACACACACACA